AGCAUGAUUGCUGAUUUUUUUUGUUUUAAAAAAUGUUUGGCACACUUUGGAUUUAAUUUACUUUUUCAUCAGGAGUUCCUAUUUUUAUUGCGCUCGUAAACAUUCUAACAAGAAACAAUAAAAACGAAACCAAUAACCCGUAAAGGGAGCUCAUAUAAAAAGUGACUGAUGCAUGGCAGAGAGAGAUAUAGGGCAGCUUGAAGUGAAGUAACUAUCUCGGAGAAGUUGCUAUACAUCAAUAUCGUAAAGACCUCUGAGCGCUGAACUAUCAAUAGUCAUCUUAAUUUUCCCUCUUAAUGCACAUGGAUCAAUAGUGAUGGCGGAGUGUGAUUUCUCCCCCUAUCCUACAGACGGCCGCUUGUAUUGUAAUGCUACAUAUGACGGCGUACAAUGUUGGAACCAUACGUUAGCAGGAACAACAGCCUUCGGCGCGUGCCCAGAGAACCACCCGUCUUCAAAAGUAUUUGACAAUCCGUCAGGUUACUCUUACAGAAAAUGUGAAAUAAACGGAAUUUGGUGGAAUAACAGCAACUCUGGGAUACACGAGUUUGCCAAGUCCAACUAUCUGCCGUGUAUUUCACAAGAAGUGCACAAUAUUGAAGAAGACAUCCACGAUAUGAAUGUCGAAAGAAUCAAGCUUGUUAUGUAUAUCUACAUGAGUGGUUAUACUGUGUCCAUUUUACUGCUGAUCGUCGCCUUGGCUAUUUUUGGUUUGUUCAAGCAGCUUCAUUGCAGUCGUGUCACAAUACAUUCCAAUUUGUUCAUCUCCUAUAUCCUCAGUGGCUCUAUGUGGAUUGUAUUUUAUACCGAGAUGUCAUUAAGCAACUUUGAUAUAGAAUCCAGACCGACUUGGUGUUAUGUUUUACAUGCCUUCACACAAUACACAACACUCUGUAAUUAUGCCUGGAUGCUGUCAGAGGGCAUAUUCCUACACUUUUGUUUGGUUCACGUGUUCUCUGAAAAAAGGAAACUGUUAAUUACAUGCUGUGUCGUUGGAUGGGUUCUACCCAUCUUCUUUACUGCCGUGUAUUGCGUGGUUCGCCUAAUUGACGGGGAGAAAGAGAAGCAUGGGUGUUGGCUAGAAAUCCAGUGGUCUUUUUGGAUUCUUUUAGUACCUAUCAUUUUAUCCUUACUGCUUAAUCUGAUCUUCCUUAUCAAUAUUUUGAGAAUCAUAUUAUCAAAAAUACGAUCUUACAACCAGAGAGAUUCUAACCAAUUUAGAAAAACCGUCCGCGCCAUCUUGAUUCUCGUUCCUUUGCUGGGUUUACAGUAUAUACUAAUGCCACUGAACAACGACUCAUUUAUUUACAAGAUAAUUGUUGCAGUAGUGACGUCAUAUCAGGGUGCAGUUAUUGCCGUGCUGUUUUGUUUUCUCAAUGGCAAGGUUAUAAAUCUUAUCAAAAGAAAAAUAAGAACAAAACAAUGGAGUACUGUUUCACAACGUCUUCCACAAAGAAGUUCUCUAAGAUCGAGCUCAAGAAAAAGCAAUUCGUCAAAGAAGGAUGAAUAUGAAUUAACAGAAAACAAGGGAUCACGAGCUGCAUUCCUACCAUUAUAGACAAAUGGAGUCGAACAGGGUGGAAAAGGGCCAGAUUCUUUAUCAAGUGUAUGGAAUUAAAAAAAAGUUUUUUAAGGAAGCUCUAAAUACGAACAUAAAAUUGCUUUUUGGCCUUGGUGAAAAUUAUGUCAUAUGAAUGUGCAUAUUGAGACUUUUUCAUUCAUUUAUAACAUGGUAUAUGGCAUGGUAUUUCAAAGGAAAAUUUUUUAAAGACAAUGAACUAUCUGAGAGAAGAAAUCAAUGCUGUUUGCUGAGUGAAAAUAAUAAAUUCAAUUAUUUCCUCUUGGUUGUACAUAAUGUUAAAAAUAUUUUGAUCUAUUACAAAUCGUGCAACUGUAAAUAGCAUUUUUUUUAAAACUUACUUCUAAGGGCAGAUCACUCUAACUACAUACAACUAAUCUAUAAGUAGAGAUUUUUAGUGUGCAUAGUUUAGAGCUUUCUUAAGUUUAGGUUCUUUGUGUGGAAAAUUCAGCCACAUGUUACAACGGUGGGGUAAAAUUUUCCAUUUUUGAAAAUCUACAAACUAAAUUAUUUUAGAAUUAGUAGUACAUAUAAAAAUUCAAUAAU